AUGUGGGACGGAUUGUUUAUGCUGCUCGCUUUGAGCACCGUCAUGGCCGUUGCUUCCUUCCUCGCCGGCAUUCUCCCGCUCUCCUUUAAUCUCUCCACCCGCCAAUUGCGCAUCAUCACUCUCCUCGGCACCGGUGUGCUAGUCGGAACCUCGUUGAUCGUCAUCAUACCCGAAGGCAUCGAGACCAUGUACAGCGCCGGAAGCAAAGCGCAUUCGCAUAGUGCACGGAGUGUCCAACCUACCAUCCCGUCGGUAACGAGCCUACAAAAAGAGAUACCUCACCCACCCAAGUUUCCGAGUUGGAAGAGAGCGAAUGAAGUGGAAACGAGCUCGCUCACCGGAGGAGCCAUCAAGGCGCCGGGCGCCGUGGACAUGACCAGCGAUAAAGCUGCGAUCGAUAUGCAAUUGAAAAAGAUUAUGGAAAGCAAAGAGAAAGAGAAGCCAGCAGAGGACCCUCACCCGCAAAAAGGUGGCGAUGACGACUCGACAGAAGGCCACAAGGAGGGGCAUACUCGCGUCCACGCACCGGAAGACGAUGAGCCAGGCCAUGGGCACGCUGAAGCUAGCCAUGACGACGGACCCAGCCCACAUGCAUACAUUGGUGUUGCACUGAUUCUAGGAUAUAUCCUUAUGUUCCUGGUCGAACACCUGCCAGAAGCCAUGGCCUCAGCGAAACCAAAAUACCAGCCAAUGCAUAUCUCGUUAUCGAACCUGGCACGUGGACCGCACAACUCAUCCUCUCUGAGCCUCAACGGAAUGGGUAUGCAGAGCGCUGCAGUGACACCCCUAGCGACCCCUGGUCUGCCUCCUCCACCUACAAAGAAGACACCAGCUGCCACGAUUGGUCUAGUCGUGCAUGCCUGCGCUGACGGAAUUGCACUCGGUGCUUCUUCCACAGCAGAAUCCACAUCUCUGUCGCUAGUCAUCUUCUUUGCAAUUAUGCUGCACAAGGCCCCUGCAGCAUUUGGUCUCACUUCCGUUCUCCUCAAACAAGGACUAUCCAAACGAAAAGCGCGGACACAUCUCGCUUUCUUCAGUUUAGCAGCACCAGCUGGCGCAUUGGCUACUUGGACUAUUGUACACAUGUUCGGACGCAACCACUUGGGUGGUGAUGAAGGUCUGACAUGGGCGACUGGCUGGGUGUUGUGUUUCUCUGGCGGGACAUUCUUGUAUGUCGCCAUGCACUCCAUGUCUGAAGCUACAGCUUCUCAACACGCUCAUGAAGACCCUACCGCAAACGGCUACAUGGACGCUUACCCCGCCAACAACGACAUGUCCAAGAGUGACAUAGGUAUCGUCAUGGUCGGCAUGAUACUCCCGCUCAUCACCCAAAUAGGGCAUGCUCACUCGCACGGUCACUAG